GCGACUGCCAUGUCGGUGGAUUGCCUGGGACAGCGCGCAGUCCUCUCGGGCCGCCGUUUCCUCUACAUAGUCAACUUGGAUGCACCAAACGAGGGGCACCGGAAGAUCUCCCGGCAGAGCAAGUGGGACAUCGGAGCGGUGCAGUGGAACCCACACGACAGCUACGCCUACUACUUUGCAGCCUCGAGCAAUCAACGAGUUGACCUGUACAAGUGGAAGGAAGGUAAUGGUGAAGUUUGCACCUCACUGCAAGGACACACACGUGUGAUCAGUGACUUGGACUGGGCAGUAUUUGAGCCAGACCUGCUGGUCACCAGUUCUGUUGACACCUACAUCUACAUCUGGGACAUCAGGGACACCAGGAAGCCUACAGUCUCACUCUCUGCAGUUGCUGGAGCUUCCCAGGUCAAAUGGAACAAGAAAAAUGCCAACUGUUUAGCAACAAGCCAUGAUGGGGAUGUCCGGAUUUGGGACAAAAGGAAACCCAGCACUGCAGUAGAGUACUUGGCAGCUCAUCUCUCCAAAAUCCAUGGUCUGGAUUGGCAUCCUGACAAUGAAUAUACCUUGGCCACUUCCAGCCAAGACAACUCUGUCAGGUUCUGGGAUUACCGGCAGCCUCGGAAAUACCUCAACAUCCUUCCCUGCCAGGUUCCUGUCUGGAAGGCAAGGUACACGCCUUUCAGCAAUGGGCUGGUGACAGUGAUGGUCCCCCAGCUCCGACGAGAGAACAGUCUUCUCCUCUGGAAUGUCUUUGACUUGAACACACCUGUCCACACUUUUGUGGGACAUGAUGAUGUGGUGCUGGAGUUUCAGUGGAGGAAGCAGAAGGAAGGUUCCAAAGAUUACCAGCUGGUGACGUGGUCCCGGGAUCAGACUCUGCGGAUGUGGCGGAUUGACUCUCAGCUGCAGAGGCUGUGUGCUAAUGACAUCCUGGAUGGAGUGGAGGACCUCAUUGAUGGCAUUUCUCACCUGCCAGAGCCAGACAAGACCCUUCACCCCCAGGACUCUGAGCCCCAGCAUAACUCUGGGCAUGGGGAGGAGUCAGCCUUAAAAGAAGAUUUCCUGAAUGACCCCCUGGUGGGAAAGAAAACAGACCAGCUGGGGCUGCCUCAGACACUGCAGCAGGAGUUCUCCCUGAUCAAUGUGCAGAUCCGAAAUGUCAACGUGGAGAUGGAUGCAGUGAGUCGGAGCUGCACGGUGUCUGUGCACUGUGGCAACCACAGGGUCAGGAUGCUGGUGAUGUUCCCUGUCCAGUAUCCCAACAAUGCUGCACCCUCCUUCCAGUUCAUCAACCCAACCUCCAUCACGGCGUCCAUGAAGGCAAAGCUGCUGAAGAUACUGAAAGACACUUCCCUGCAGAAAGUGAAGAGGAACCAGAGCUGCCUGGAGCCCUGCCUGCGUCAGCUGGUCUCCUGGCUGGAGUCUGUUGUGAACCAAGAGGACAGCACAUCCAGCAAUCCCUAUGCUCUGUCAAACUCUGUGACCCCCCCUUUGCCCACCUUUGCCCGGGUCUCCAAUGCCUAUGGCUCCUACCAGGACUCUAACAUCCCCUUCCCACGGACCUCUGGAGCCAGGUUCUGUGGUGCAGGGUACCUGGUGUACUUCACGAGACCCAUGACCAUGCACCGGGCAGUGUCUCCCACUGAGCCCACACCCAGGUCCCUGUCAGCUUUAUCAGCCUACCAUAGUGGCCUCAUCACCCCCAUGAAGAUCCGCACGGAGCCUCCGGGCAACCUGCGCCUCUACAGCGGGAGCCCCACGCGCAGCGAGAAGGAGCAGGUCUCCAUCAGCUCCUUCUACUACAAAGAGAGAAAAUCAAGGAGGUGGAAAAGCAAACGAGAAGGGACAGAUGCCAACAACCGGCCCAUCAAAGCUGCAGGGAAAGUGAUUAUCCAAGAUAUUUCCUGCUUGCUGCCUGUCCACAAGGUGCUGGGGGAGCAAUACAUACUGAAUGUGAAUAAUAUCCAGGAGACCUGCCAGAAGAAUGCUGCCUCAGCCCUGGCUGUGGGACGGAGGGAUCUUGUGCAGGUUUGGUCACUGGCCAUGGUAGCUACUGAUCUCUGCCUUGGCCCAAAGUCUGACCCAGAUUUGGAGAUACCUUGGGCACAACAUCCAUUUGGACGUCAAUUACUGGAGUCCUUGCUGGCUCAUUACUCCCAGCUCCACGAUGUGCAGACCCUGGCCAUGCUCUGCAGUGUCUUUGAAGCCCAGUCCAGGCUCCAGGGGUGCCCAAACUCCUAUGGUUCCUUUCCUCAACGUGCCUCCAACCUGGCCUCCCACAGUCGCUAUCCCAGCUUUACUUCCUCUGGCUCCUGUUCCAGCAUGUCAGACCCUGGACUUGGCACUGGAGGCUGGAAUAUAGCCAACAAGGACACGGAGCAGGUCUCCACUCCCUGGUGUGAGUCUUCUCCAGAUGACUUUCGCUACGGAAACCUGACGUAUCCCGAUCCCCGGGAGCGGGAGAAAGACCAGCACGAGAAGAACAAAAGGCUCCUGGAUCCUGCCAACACUCAGCAAUUUGAUGACUUUAAGAAGUGCUAUGGGGAGAUCCUGUAUCGCUGGGGCCUGCGAGAGAAGAGGGCUGAGGUGCUCAAGUUUGUCUCUUGUCCUCCUGAUCCCCACAAAGGAAUUGAGUUUGGGGUGUACUGCAGCCACUGUCGCAGCGAGGUGCGUGGCACCCAGUGUGCCAUCUGCAAGGGCUUCACCUUCCAGUGUGCCAUCUGCCACGUGGCCGUGCGGGGCUCCUCCAACUUCUGCCUGACCUGCGGCCACGGGGGCCACACCAGCCACAUGAUGGAGUGGUUUCGGACCCAGGAGGUCUGUCCCACGGGCUGUGGGUGCCACUGCCUGCUGGAGAGCACCUUCUGA